AGAAAUUAUUAGUGUUUAAUAGUAAUACUCUUUAUUAAAACAAAUAAAUGAUGUAAGAUUAAAACAAGUAUAUAAAAAAAAACAAUCGUGUGUGCAAGAAGGUGUGCCGAAAUAUCUCUUUAAGGAUGUAUUAAGCCUACCUAUACUUUUAAUUUGUUAAAAAAAAAAAAAAAAAAACUUCGGUGUAAAAAUUCUUAUUAUUGAUUUUUAGAUUUGCCAUUUUCUAAUUAGAAGUCAAUUAGCUUAAUCAUAUUUUAUUGACAUUGACAAGGAAAGACUCAUCAUUUAUAGUACUUAUCUAAACAAAUACUAAGACAAAUAUAAUUAAAGACCAAAAAGUUCAGAUCAAAUCACAAGUAUAUUAAAUAGUCUUUUUUUCUUAUAUUAAUGCAAGGUUUGUUGUUUGAAUAGAAUGAACAGAGUCUGGUUCUAAUCAUUCUUCUAUAGCUCAAAGCUUAUAGAACAGAAAUGUCUAUGAUUUGGGUUUUUAGCUUGAUUGUUCUUACUUCAAUCAGCCAUGGAAUUGAAGCUUCAAAUCUUAGACAUAAAAAUCAUGAGUGGCUCGUUAAAAGGAACCAACCUUAUAGAACUGGCUAUCAUUUUCAACCCCCAAAGAAUUGGAUGAACGAUCCUAAUGGACCAAUGUACUUUAAUGGAGUAUACCAUCUAUUCUAUCAGUACAAUCCCUACAGUCCACUAUGGGGAAACAUAACAUGGGGACAUUCAAUUUCAUACAAUCUCAUCGAUUGGAUUCACCUCGACAUAGCCUUGACUCCCACUGAUCCAAACUCGGACAUCAAUGGUUGCUGGUCCGGUUCAAUCACCUUCCUACAAGGCAACAAGCCAGCAAUUUUAUACACCGGAAAAGACUUUCAAAACCAUGAAGUUCAAAACUUGGCUUUGCCCGAAAACCUCUCGGACCCUUUUCUAAGGGAAUGGACAAAAUCUCCUCUCAACCCUUUGAUGACUCCAAUCAAUGGGAUUGAACCAUUGUUGUUUAGAGACCCCACAACAGCUUGGAGAGGUCUUGACAACAUUUGGAGAGUCAUAAUUGGAGCUGAGAUUGAUGGAAAUGGCUUAGCUAUUAUGUAUAAAAGUAGUGACUUUAUGCAUUGGACAAGGUCAAAAACACCACUUCACUCUUCUAAUAAGACUAUUAUGUGGGAAUGUCCUGAUUUUUUCCCUGUGGGAAUCAAAGGCUCAGAUGGUGAUAAUUCUUACUCGAAUGAAGAUCAGUAUGAGAAGAAACAUGCUCUUAAAGUUAGCUUUCAUAGUCAUGAUUACUAUGUAUUAGGACAGUAUUCUAUUGAAACAGAUGAGUUUAAGGUUGAGACUGAUUUUAUGGAUGAAGGUUUCGAUUUGAGAUUGGAUUAUGGAAAGUUUUAUGCUUCGAAAUCAUUUUAUGAUUCUGAAAAGAAGAGGAGAGUAGUUUGGGGUUGGGUGAAUGAGUCUGAUAGUGAUGCUGAUGCUUUCAUUAAAGGCUGGUCUGGUCUUCAGUCAUUUCCUAGAACAAUUGUUCUUAGUGAAUCUGGGAAGCAAUUAUUACAAUGGCCGAUAGAAGAGAUGGAAAAAUUAAGAAGUGACGAGAAAGUUAGUCUUGAAAACAAAAUGCUUCGUGGUGACUCAAUCAUCGAAAUUUUUGGUAUCACAGCUUCACAGGCGGAUGUGGAAGUUUCAUUUGAAGUAUCUGAGUUAGAAGAAGCCGAGUUAAUGGACUCGAGUUGGGUUGAUCCUCAACUACUUUGUGAUGGGAAAAAUUUAAGUGUAAGAGGCAAAGUUGGAGCUUUUGGUUUAUUGGUUUUAGCCUCAGAUAACUUGACAGAACAAACUGCAAUCUUCUUUCGCAUAUUCAAAACCGAUAAGAGUGAGAAGAAGAAGUAUGUUGUUCUAAUGUGUAGCGAUCAAAGCAAGUCUUCAUUAAGAAAUGAUCUUGACAAAACAACCUAUGGAGCAUUCGUAGACUUGGAUCCUCUUCACGAGAAAAUAACAUUAAGAACUUUGAUUGAUCAUUCAAUUGUGGAAAGUUUUGGUGGAGAAGGAAGAAGUGUUAUCACAACUAGGGUUUAUCCAUUAUUAGCAAUUAACAAAGGAGCUCAUUUAUAUGUAUUCAACAAUGGAACAAAGAGUGUUAAAAUCUCAAAGCUUAAUGCUUGGAGUAUGAACAAUGCUAAAUUUGUGUCAUGGAAAGGAGAAGAAAAUCAGUAAUUGGUUAUCUUUAGAUGAUUUAAACAUUGUUAAUUCAUACAAAAAAUUCAAAUUAAACUUCUAAAUGAGAUUAAUUCUUUAAAUUUAUUA